AUGCAUCGAGUGCUUAAUGUUGCUGAGAAGAAUGAUGCAGCUAAAUCAUUAGCUCGUCUUCUUUCAAGAAAUUCGGCAUCUAUGCGUGAAGGUUUCUCAAGAUUUAACAAAAUUUAUGAAUUUAAUUAUCAACUUUUUAAUCAACCAGUACAAAUGAGUUUUACAUCUGUUUCGGGUCAUAUUAUGAAUUGUGAUUUUACAGCAGUACACAAUAGUUGGUAUGAAAAAGAAAUAUUUAUAUUAGAAUUCUGA